ACGGCUCAGAACCCGCGCAGAACGUUCGGGAUUCAGCUUGUUACAUUGUUUCAGGGCCGCUACACACCAGAAACAUGAGGGAAAUCGUGCACCUGCAGGCAGGGCAAUGCGGAAACCAGAUCGGGGCCAAGUUCUGGGAAGUGAUCAGCGAUGAACAUGGAAUUGAUCCUACAGGAACAUACCACGGAGACAGCGAUCUCCAACUGGAACGGAUUAAUGUGUACUACAAUGAGGCCUCAGGUGGCAAGUAUGUCCCCAGAGCAAUCCUGGUUGAUCUCGAACCUGGCACAAUGGAUUCAGUCCGAUCCGGGCCUUUUGGACAGAUCUUCAGACCAGAUAACUUCGUCUUCGGUCAGAGCGGUGCUGGUAACAACUGGGCAAAGGGUCACUACACAGAGGGUGCAGAAUUGGUAGACUCUGUGAUGGAUGUUGUGAGGAAGGAAUCUGAAAGCUGUGACUGCCUACAAGGAUUUCAACUUACACAUUCCCUUGGUGGUGGUACAGGGUCUGGAAUGGGAACCCUUCUUAUCAGCAAGAUUCGUGAGGAAUACCCUGACCGCAUCAUGAACACCUUCAGUGUAGUACCCUCUCCCAAGGUAUCAGACACAGUGGUAGAACCAUACAAUGCUACACUUUCUGUGCACCAACUGGUGGAGAACACUGAUGAAACUUACUGCAUAGACAAUGAGGCUCUGUAUGACAUCUGCUUCCGCACUCUGAAGUUGACAACUCCUACUUAUGGCGACCUCAACCACUUGGUUAGUGCCACCAUGAGCGGUGUCACUACUUGUCUGCGUUUCCCUGGCCAGCUCAAUGCGGACCUUCGUAAGCUAGCAGUCAACAUGGUUCCCUUCCCACGUCUUCAUUUCUUCAUGCCAGGCUUUGCCCCACUGACCAGCCGCGGGAGCCAGCAAUACCGUUCACUUACAGUGCCCGAACUUACUCAGCAGAUGUUUGACUCCAAAAAUAUGAUGGCUGCUUGUGAUCCACGACAUGGACGCUACCUCACAGUGGCUGCUGUAUUCAGAGGACGCAUGUCCAUGAAGGAAGUAGAUGAACAAAUGCUGAAUGUUCAAAAUAAGAAUAGCAGCUACUUUGUGGAAUGGAUCCCAAAUAAUGUCAAGACUGCAGUUUGUGACAUCCCACCACGUGGUCUGAAGAUGGCUGCCACCUUCAUCGGAAACAGCACUGCCAUCCAGGAACUGUUCAAGCGCAUCUCCGAGCAGUUCACAGCCAUGUUCCGGCGCAAGGCCUUCCUUCACUGGUACACUGGAGAGGGAAUGGACGAGAUGGAAUUCACAGAAGCUGAGAGCAACAUGAAUGACCUGGUCUCAGAAUACCAACAGUAUCAGGAUGCAACAGCAGAGGAAGGAGAGUUUGAAGAGGAAGGCGAGGAGGAGGUUGCUUGAAACCUUCUUGCCCCAUUCUACCUAGUCACUGGAGAGUCCCAUCCCCCAAACCCAAUCAUCAGAAAGCCCCCUCCCCUGCAGUGAGAAGCAGCAGAGACUCUGAAUGGGUGAGGGAGGGGUUAGUAUGGUUAGCAUUUUUGUAAACUGUGACUUUCCUAGUCCCUGCCCCCAGUAGAGGCAGAAAUAUUGGGCUAAAAUGUAAUCUUUAACCAGAAAUCUCUGUUCGUAUAAAUAUUUAGGCUCUCAUGUUGGUAGCAUGCCGUUAAUGGAUUUCAUAGUUAACUAUUUGGUUAUGGCUCAUAAAAUGGUUAUUUCAUAAAGACUUGGGAGUGUUUUUUUUUUUAUAACUCUACUGUCCUAGUAACUUGCUUUAAAUUGGUACUGGUGUCUUAAAUUUUAAUUGCUGUAAACAAUGUAAAAUGUGUUUGGCCAAUAACUUUUUACAAACAGCUCCGUUCCUGCCAGUAACUAGCCCAACCCUCCCCAACCUUUUUUUUUAGCUGCAUGUGGCUCCUUGCCUCUUCCUGUGUCAACAUUUGUUUAUACCCUGCCAAUUGCAAUUUAAUGAGCUGCACAAUUAGCAAUUUUGGGAAUCCUUCCCUCUUUCUUCAAAAGUAUCUUGCUUCCAGAGAUUUUAGCACAAAGCCCUGUCUUGCGCUUUCUCUCAAUGUUUGUUCUUGAAUUGGCGUGCACGGUGUCCUAAAAUUUGUGCUUUUUUUUGUGGGGGGGAGGGGUGAAUGAGCCGCCUUCUAAACAUUCUUUGCAGCAGCCUUUCCAAAUCUCUGCCACUUCAUACGCUGUUUGCAUUUCACUAUUUGUUUGGUUGUCCUAUGCCCCUUCAGAGACUCUGCUGCCCCAGUUCUCACUGCCCGUCACAACAGCCAUGGUCAAUCAGCUCUAAAUCUAGUUCAGCACCGGCAGGCUUAAUGAAACUUACCCUUUAUGUUGCUGUGCUAACAAUCGUGUUCUGUAUCACUCAUGAGUGUGACUUGUCUUCCUUUCCAUAACUCUCACCCCAUGACCUUGCCCCACAUCCCCCAAAUUUGACACUGAGGUUUAACCUUUUUCUGUGCAAUUGUGGUGGGCCACAUACUGCCUAUUCUCCUGCCAUGUCCAGCCACCUAUUUGUACAUCCUGGUAAAGAAAGGGGGGUUGACUGCCCUCUAGGUAAAGCUGAAGAUCAUUAGUGUGUUAACGAGAGCUAUAUCUUUCGUUAUGGACCCAUUAUUUAACUGGGUUCUGAAAAUUUCCUAAGUUCUUACAACUUCAUGUCUGUUUCAGUGAGUACUCACGUGUGAUUGUGAAUUUUGUGCCCGAAUCAUUGGACCUGUUGCACAGGGUGGAAGCACUUACCCAGCAAUGCUUUUGUCUGCGCACUACACUACUGAAUAAACGCCUGUGCUCAAAC